AUGGUUACUUUACCCACAACGACAACACGAGUCGAUACAACAACAGCAGAACGCAUCAAUACAGAUCCUGUUCUUGAUGUAAUCACUACAGCACCAGCGUCGACGGAGACAUCCGAGACACCGGCGCCUGCAACGACCACAGACGCAAAUGAGAACGCUAACGCACUGGGGAACACCUAUGCAUACUUGACGCGCAUCAUGGAUUCUACCCCAGUCAAUGUCACCACAGAAAACACAGUGGCAACUGCAGAGCCAAGAAUAGUCGUGGAGACCCCCGGGGUUGUGACACCUGAGGUCGCCGUACGCACGUUGACGCUCACCGACCUGCCCGCCGAGGUCCUUCGUCUAGUCCUCUGGGAAGCUGCCGUCGACUCUCCGGUAGAACGACGAUGUCUGCUCGGCGUAUGCUUCCUCUGGCGCGACAUUCUAGUUAACAUGUUCCACCUCUGGACAUCGCUCCGUAUCAUCUCCAGCUACGAAAACGAUGCCGGGUUCGAGCGAUUCCUCUGGCGUCUCGACUUGCAGCUCCAGCGUUGUGGACCACUAAUGCUCGACGUUCACUGGCGAACGACCAUGUCGUACGAACAGACGACCCAGUUGUUCGCCCUCUUGUCCAAGCGUGCACCCUUUUCGCGAUGGAAGUCGCUUGUGCUCGAGUAUUGCGACAAUGGUGCCUUUAACGACGACAUGCUCACAGGGAUGUCCGAUUUCCGCAACCUCACCUCGCUCAAAAUCACCUAUUGCGCACCCGAACGACUCUUACGACGCGUCAACGACUCGGUCACGUCCAAGCUCACCGAUUUUGGCUUCAACUACACCGGGAUGACCAUAAGUCAGUUUAAUUCCGAGAUGAACUCGAUCCUCAAGCACGUCUCGGUGAUUCAACUCCCCAACUUUGACGUCGAUUCGACCGUCUUCUUGCCAGACAACGUAAAGGAGAUUACGUCCUACUAUGUCCCCAACUGCGCCUUUCCGCAUGUCACUUCUGUCACCACCACUGGAUGGAACCCCGUUCGACGAUUCAAGAACCGACAUUUCCCAAACCUAGAAUACCUCUCGACAAUGUUCACCCGGCCCGACGCCUCGAUGGACGUUCCCGUCGUUUUGGCUUCGCUCACGACGCUCAUCGUAUCCGGAUGCGAAUACGAGCCAUUGGCGUUAAUGACAUUGCCAAACUUGAACGUUCUCCGCAUUCGCACCAGCUCGUCUGAGCAAGGUUCGUACAAGCACGAGAUUAAUACGCUCCGCACGGCAGUGACGAGACGCGAGCUCAACUUGUCCCCUACGGGUGUGCUCGAAAUCGACGUUCCUGUCCCUGCGGACGUGCUGAUCAUGGCCGUCAAGAGGAUGGGCGUCAGGGCCAAAGAAGUCGUAUUACGCGUACGCGAGGCGUAUGAGGGGUGGGGUAUGUUGAGAAAGUUGUUCAUUCUUCCUCCUCUUUCGACGUCUACCGUCAAUGCACCCAAGGAGACGAUGGUGAUGCCACGCUUGCAGAAGCUCGAGUUGCUUACAAAGGUCUAUGACAACGAGGCGAACCAGAAGGUUUGGCGUGCGUUUAUGACUCGUAUUCUCGAGGAGAGACGCGGUUCUUCGCUCGAGAGUGUCAAGACGGUCUUCUCUGGUGAUUCGAGGGCGAUUGUGACACGGACAGAUCUUUUGAUUUGA